UUUGCAAUUGUUGAUCGUUACGCUAUGUCAAGGUACGAGCUAGUGUUAUUGGUGGCUGUACUUGUGGGUUCAGUGCAGUGUGAGUUCACUGACAUUCCCUCACUCAAGAUAACAAGGCACCCUGAGGGAGGCACUGUUUCUAUAGGGAGCAGGUUUGACUUUACUUGCGAAGCUACAACCAGUUCGGAUCUGAGUAUCACAUACUCCUGGAGGCGGAUAAAGACGCUAGACUCCCUGAACCCUGUUUUUGAGCAUCUUGACACAGACUCUACUGGUUCUGAGGGUGUUUAUGUGGAGUAUGAUGCCCAGGAGUCUUGGUUUUACGUCUGCGUGGUGAGGUCUGGUUCCUUCCAAACGACUAGUCGUGGAGCUUACCUGACAGCGGCAUACCUGAAAGACUUCGCGGAGGACGGUGGACCGGUGGACAAAAUAUACACUGACAUGGCACUGUCUGUGGAACUUCAGUGCAAGGUGCCUGAUAGUUUCCCUUACCCGACGGUACAGUGGUUCAAACACGAGAAGGCAUUCCCAACUGAAGAGGACACGACAGUUAUUUUGAAAAGGAAUGAAAUCGGACAAGCUGCUAACUUAGUAAUCUACGAUCUAAACGUGGCCGACUCUGGCAAGUACCACUGCCAGGUCUCCAAUCCUGGAUCUGACGAACCAAAAGUGUCAAACUUUGCUACUAUCGAGAUUAAGCCUACUGCUGAGACGAAAGGAGAUUGGCCACCCCAAGAGGUUGUGGGUAACUACAAGGUACAAGGAAACGAGGGAUCCACAAUAACACUCUACGCAGGAGUGGCUAGCAAGCCUUCAGCUGACUACUCGUGGGAGCUGAACGGUGAAGCUCUCGUAGAUAACGACAGAAUAAGAAAAGAAGACUACGGAAGAUCCUUAGUGAUAAGUAACCUGGACAAAGGGGACAAAGGGACCUAUUUGGUAUUCUUCAAGAUAUCAGGGGUGGUUCAGGGAUCCAACAACGUGAACCUGGAGGUCAUCGAGGGGAUUGUGGCCACUGGUGAUGUUUACGACUCGGCGACUGUACAAGGAGAGGAUUUGGAUCUUAAUUGUGGGUGUGACGGUUCCCGACCGGACUGGAUUAUGUUCGACACCAGUACACCAGGUACCCAGUGGUUCAGGAACGGACAGCUACUCGUAAACUCGACGAAAACUCAAGUGUCCAGCACAGUGAACGGUAAAAACACAGGAGAGGUAAAGAUCAUAUCAGUGUCGGAUAACGAGAGUGGGACCUACUCCUGCUCCUGCUUCAAUCAGGCUGAGUACCAGGUGUUUACUAAGAAUGUGUUUGUUGCGGACGAGAGACAGGCCCUGACGAUUUCAGCUGAGAAAGAGGGGUGGGGUCUGGUGGGCAGCACCAUCAGCAUCGCCUGCACUGCAAAGGGGACCCCUAGACCUAACAUUGACUGGUUCAAAGGUGGGAACAAGGUGGUGGAGGGAGUCUUCCCCCGAGAUGCAGGUUUUAAGAUCGAGUACGAGAGGAGCAUGUUUGAAACUGUAGGCUACUUGGUGGUGGAAGGGGGACUGUUCGAGGAUUCUGGAACCUUCACCUGCCAAGCAUCGCACGUGGUGAAAGGAGAGACGUACAUUGUUAACACCACCGCUGAGCUAGUUGUGGCUUAUCCAACCUCCUCCAGAAUCCAAUGUUUGAACUCGAUUGUGCAAGAGGGUAAACCUGCCACCAUAAUCUGCGGGGUCAGUGGUGUUCCAAUGCCGAUAGUCACAUAUACCAAGAUUAACGAAACUGAUGGCGCGCUCAUAGAACUUGAUGCGGAGUUUGGUUCAGUCACUAACAUGAGCUACUUUGUGAUUAACGAGGUGACGUUGGCAACAGGGGGUAUUUACAGGGGAACUGCUAGUAACGUGGCUGCGGGAGGUCUACUUCCUAAACAUGACGAAAUGAAGUUAACUGUUACUGCUAUUUCUUCUAGAAUGUCCAUGAACGCUAUUAUCGGAAUCGCUGUCUUGGUCGCUUUCUUGCUGAUCGGAGGUCUGAUUCUUGCUAUUUUGUUCGGAAGGUAUAGAAGGGAAAAAGCGUUCGAUGACGAAAUGAAGAAGCUGAUGAAGGAGCGAGACGACGAGGUGUCAGAACUGCAACAAAGGCUGCAGCUGAGGAGCAUGGAGAACAGAGCACCAACCUUAGCUAACCCUCUACACCAACUUCCGGAGACAAGACGUCAACUUCCCUCCUUCUACGCUGCCAACAUAGCGGUCCUGGCUGCCACUCCCUCCGCUAAGUUCCUCCCACCAUCUCUAGCUGAUCUGAAGAAAAGGAAGUUAACCGGUAGUGUGAUCCACGAGAGGACCACCGUGUCUCCCAGCUCUGUCAAGACAGUCCUGUCAGACAUUGAGAACCCGGAAAACUAUGCUGAUGAUGUAGACCUGCUGCAGUGAUGUGUGGACGCUGCUGAACGGGAGUACAGGAACACGAGACUCAGGAUAACGGACAGUGGAUUUGGGGGACUUUUUAGACAUUUCGGUCCUUCGCAUGGUUAUGUUCUGGACACAAAGGAUUGAUUGCCACCCUGCGAAUUUUACUGAUUUGUGGGUGGCGAUUCUUGUCUCACAGAUGUUCCUAUUUAUAAUCGAUUAUCGGUUAUAAGGAAGAUUAUAUUAUCAUUGUCAGAUCGUUGCAACUAAAGUUUUCAUGGGGUAGUAUACCUUGCAAUUACACAAACAAAACCCGUUCAGUGGCGCCACAGGUUAUUAUUGUGAUAUAAUUGUUGUUACACUAGUUGUUUCCCAACGGUAAUUAUAGACCGGCCCUUUAUUGUUUUCUGCCGUAUAACAUGUUCAAAUUCGAAUGUGUUAUCAUUUCGUAUAUAUUAUGUGUGUAGCAGUCUGAGAGCUGUGCAAUAGGGCUGUUAUGUAUUAUAACAGCUCUCCCCUCGUGAAUAUUUCGUGGGUUGUAGUGAUCAGUUGUGAAUUGAUUGAUACAAAGUUCGUCUGCGGUAGUCAUAAAUUUAAAUUUGAAGUUCAAAACUUUUAGUUUUAAUGCUUUACUAAACAUAUCCGGCUCCUAAAAUAUAUACCUGCCCAUUUGCCGAGUGCCGGCAACAAAUUUAUUAAUUGGUCGCCUGAUAGACUAGAACUUGGGUAAUUCACUGUUCCUUUAAUUAAUCGAUUACUGCAAAAUGGGUGAUUUAAUUAAUUAAUUUCUACAAGAUGGGUGAUUUGCUGCUCCUUUAAUUGAUAAUUACUCUCAUCUUCUACUUUCUACAAUAACAAACAAAGGAAGCAUUGUUGUUGUAUAAUGAGCGUAGCAGCUACACGGAUAUGUUAGCAGUAUAAUACCUUAAGUAGUUCUUUAGAUACACGAGAGCCUACACCCAUGCUCCCAUUAUCAUACAUUUCCUUCUUUCUCUUGAAUAUUGUAGGUCUAUGAAUACUUAUACUUUUAUACAUCUGUGUAGGUUUCAUCCCUGGAUAUCAGAUCUGCUUUAUAAUAUUGUGCUUGUUCUUUUGAUAUCGUCAUGCU